AACCUUUCCAAUCGCAGUUUGAUUCUUAAAGACCAACCUUUUUCUCAAUCCAGAAAUCAUCUUUUAACUUUACGACUUGUACUUCACAAUGCCUGCACUUGCAUCCACUAUUUUCAAAAUCAAGGCUAUUGCCGAUUACAUUUCUCCGUCUCCACAUCUGCUCUCAUUCCGCAAAGGACAGCCGUUUUAUGCUCUUUCUGCUGACAGUGAGCGUGGGGUCUACUUUGUAUCUACCCAGUAUGCGACUCCUUUUGCUCGCACUGCUGUAUCAGGCAUGGUUCCCAUCCGCUAUUUCCAAGAGGUUGAUCUGAUGAGCAGGGACAAUGGUCUUCCUAGCCAGUCUACUUCACAGAAGACGGACCGUCAACGCCAAUCCGCGGUUGCUCAGACAACAUCCAAGAAAAAUGAAUCCAAUGCGGCCAACUCCGACCAAAUGCAGAUUCAGUCAGAAACUCAGGUUGCGGCCAAGACUGCCGCAUACCCUCAGGCUCAUGCAAAGCGCAGUUCGCCACAGGCUGCUAUUGUGCCACAGUCCAUGGCAGCCACUGUGGCUGAAGCACAUGUGUCAUUACCACCAGCUCCAGCUGUGCCAGCCAAGAAUGCUACUCACUUUACAUCGAGUACUAUGGACAGAGUCAGAGAUGCUGCCAUCCCUCGCUCUCAGCCCAACUCCAAUCAUAAGCAGGGGUUUCAGAUCUCUGCAGAAUGGGCUACUCUCUUGCGCUUUCAGCCUCAUGUCAUCUUUGCCGACGUCAUGUCUGUUCGUGCUACUGGACGCACUACUGGCGAUGAGUUUAGAAUCAAAGUAAUUCGCGGUGCUUGUAGCCAUGUGAUGAUUCGCUCCACCACCGACUUGGUUGAGUUGCAUCGACAGAUUGUCUGUCAAUGUCCUACCGUUUCGCUUCCCGAAUCUCCUUUUUCUAGCUCUUAUCAACUCCUGGAUCCUGCCACAAAGGUCCAAAAAUUGGAAAUUUAUUUAAACACCUUGAUCUCUUACCCUUGGCGUGCAAAUGGGGUUUCAUCGUCUGCCAAUGAACCCAAUAUGCCUACCGUAGUUUCAAGUUUUUUCCACCCACAGUCCGAGGCAGAGGCUGCAAUGCUCCAUCAGUCACAUAUUCGUCGUGAUUCUGGAUUUGAUGAUACAUGUCAGCGCAAGGGCCUCAACCAGCAGGGUAAAAUUCACGAGGUCUGUCCAUGGACUAUACAGCGCGAAGAGCAAGAUGUCUCUAGCAAUCUCCCGCUAACUGCAUCACAGCGUAUGUAUUCCCAACAACACCACCAAUUGCAGCAUCACUAUCAGUUGCAAAACCAACACCAGCAAAAUCUGCUUGCUCAACAACACAUGCAACAACGAAAACGUAGCACUGGCGGAUUUUUUUCACAACUGUUCCGCGCUGGAACGCAAGCAGUCUCCCAAUGAUCACAUCUUCAUUAUAUUACAGUACUUGGUAGUCUCUCUCUGUUUGCAUACAUUCUGCGUGUCUUGUUUUUCUGCCAUGUUUUCAUACCUUUUUUAACUUUGCAAGGGUUUCCAGUCUAACAUCUGGCGACAUUUGAUUAAAAUGACAUUUUUAAAAUACAAAAAUGUAUAUUGCACACU